CGUCAUUUCCUCGCGAAGAUAACGUAUAGAUUGGCGAUUAACUAUCGUCAUAAUCUAAUAUAGUCGCCUACGUGAUAAUGUACCGUUGUUUUUCUUUAAAAAUAUAGUGAAUUUGUGUAUUGUUACCAUAAAAAGUGUUUGUUUUAGCUAAGUUUAAGUACAAAAAGUUUGUGUGUGCUAUGAAAAUUAAUAUCUCAUGGUUUAGAUCUUAUUGUUUUGUUGUUUUGACACAAUGCAUAAACUAUUGUGCGGAUUAGUCAUAUUGUCGUGUGCAAUAUGCUUCACAAAGGGAAACCAAUGUUGGAUGGAAGGCGUGGAAAAUUGGCUUCUAGCAGUGACUGUGAACAUCAUGGACACAGAUAGAGAAGUCGAAGUAUUGAGAAGGACCACAGAAAAUAUAGAAGAAAUUAUAGACGUAACUCAAGGAGAGGCUCUCAACAGAGGUCCAUACUUAACGAUGUCGCUGGAAGACUCAAGUUUUGUGAUUUCCACAAAUGCAGCAUUCAAUACUUAUGAAAAUGAUGAGACCUCUCUCACUAUUGGUUCUGUAGUACAGUUUAGGUGUACAUCCGGAUCGACUAGUAUGUUGGUCAUCACAGUAAAUAUUACUGAUACAAACAACCAUUCUCCCGAAUUCGUUCCAUCCAACUACGAGUUCACCAUAGCUCCUCCUGUACCGCCGGGGUUCCUUGUGACGGACUGUAUUAGUGACGUUAUAACUAGAGAUGUGGACCUAACCACAUACAGGAUCGACUACGAAAUACAAGGGAGUGAUUUAUUUAAAAUAGCCUACGACGAAUCGUCUACGGAACCGAAGAACUUCAAGGCUAUAUUACGAACCGCUGAGUUCAUCCGAACACUCCCAGAACCGAUUGUUUUAAGAGUCAGAGCUACGGAUGUAGACCUAACGGGGAACGAUCCUCGAAGCGUGGACAGUACUAUCACGAUCCACGCGAACAGUGAGUUUGAGUUUCCGGACGAGCCCAUCUUCUCACAAGCUUACUACCUCGCCUCAUAUACGGACACCCACUUGGAGCUACAAGAAACAAUAUCUCUAAGACAGGGCUAUGAUGACCAGGUCACAUUUUCCUUUGAUGGAGAUUUGAAAGAAUAUUUUCAAUUGGUUCCUUCUAACAACGAAGUCAGUUUUCGUGUGAUAUCCGCAAUACCGGUCGAGGAAUAUCCUGAUGACGGUCAGAUAUACCUGGUGGUGGCAGCCGAGAGAGAGUACACGAGUGGCGCCAUGGCGACAGUUGUAGUGCAGUUCCCGAGAGAUAGUUGCUCCGAAAGCAGCAUCAGAUUCGCCCAGGACUAUUACGUCGGAUCCUACGAAGAUGGGAGUAUUACCCUGGAUCCGAUUACACUCAAUCCAUAUCUCGACGAUGUAAUUCUAGAACUGAUUGGAGAUUAUUCAAAUUACUUUCAGGCUUACGUGGAGGGUGAAAUAAUCAAAAUACGUCAGAUAGAGGACGCCCAAGUAAAUCUCGAAUCGAAUUUUCUGGUUUUGACGUUGGAGGCGAGUACUUUGACCAGUCGAGCCCACACAAUUAUUGUUUUGAAGAUUAUAAAUGAUGGCCAAACGACCUUGACAAUUCUGAAUUUCAGCGAGGCUUUCUAUGUGGUAUUGUUUACAGAAUCAGAGGGCUUAAUAUACAAUUCAGAAAUUGUUUUGAGCGAGGGAUAUGACGAAUCUGUGGGCUUCUCAUUGGAGGGAGAAGACAGUGAAUGGUUCACAGUCGAUGAAUCAGCGAAUCCAGUGGUUCUAAAACUUACCGAUUCACUGCCAGAUGAGAUUAUUCAAAAUAAUAGUUACCUUAGUUUUGUAAUCAGAGCAUCAAAUGGAGAAAAUGUCGUUACGAGAGCAACUAUCAUAAUUGAAAUUCAGUCAGAUCGUCCGUCUGAGGACAGAGCGGCUUUUGAUAAAGUGCUGUACAUCGGGCAAUUCCAAGAAAACGUCGUGACACAUGAAGCAAUUACUGUUUUAAAUCAUGACGGAUCGCCAGUACUACUUUCAGGGGGAUACGCGCAAUUGUUUGAAGCGACUAUAAACACAAAUGGAGUAGUGGCAGUGUCUCGGCUAUCAUCAGGGAUGAUACCAGCAGACGUAACAAGCAUUCCUCUAGAAAUGACAGCUGGUCUAGCCAGCGCGGUCCUUAUUAUUAAUAUACUAUCAGAUGGUACUGUAGAAAACACGGCAGCUUUUGAUAAAGUGUUGUACAUCGGACAGCUACAAGAAAAUAUGGUGACACAUGAAACAAUUACUGUUUUACAUCAUGAUGGAUCACCAGUGCUACUUUCUGGAAGUUACGCGCAAUUGUUUGAAGCGACUAUAAACACAAAUGGAGUAGUGACAGUGUCUCGAGUAGCAACAGGAGUAAUACCUGCAGACGUAACAAGCAUUCCUCUAGAAAUGACAGCUGGUGUAGCCAGCGCGGUCCUUAUUAUAAAUAUACAAUCAGAUGGUCCUGUAGAAAACACAUCAGCUUUUGAUAAAAUAUUGUACAUCGGACAGCUACAAGAAAAUGUUAUUACUCAUGAAACAAUUACUGUUUUACACCAUGACGGAUCGCCAGUAAUACUUUCUGGGGGCUUGUCGCAGUAUUUUGAUGCAACUAUUUUAAAUGGAGUUGUAACAGUUUCCGUGAUAUCAUCAGUGACAAUACUUGAUGGAAUCAGCAGUAUACCAUUAGAAAUGACAGCUGGGUCAGCCACUGCAGUUCUCGUAUUAAACAUUAUAACAUCAGAAGGGCCGAUAGAAAAUAGAGCUACAUUUGAUAAAGUACUGUACAUGGGACAAGUAGAAGGAAAUACAGUUACACAUGAAGCAAUCUCUAUUAUAAAUUAUGAUGGAUCACCAGUACUAUUUUCUGGAGAUUACGCACAGUUUUUUGAAACAACUAUUUUAAAUGGAGUGGUGACAGUAACUGCUCCAUCAUCACUGACAGUACCUGAUGGCAUCACCAAUAUACCAUUAGAAAUGACUGCUGGUUCAGCCACUGCAGUUCUCGUGUUAAGCAUAAUAACAUCAGAAGGUCCUAUUGAAAACAGAUUUGCAUUUGAUAAAGUACUGUACAUGGGACAAAUAGAAGAAAAUACCGUUACACAUGAAGAAAUUACAAUUAUAAAUUAUGAUGGAUCACCAGUGCAGCUUUCUGGAGACUACUCACAAUUGUUUGAAGCAGUUGUAUCAAAUAAUAUAGUCACAGUUACUCGAGUGUCAUCAGCAACAAUACCAGCAGAUAUCACCAAUAUACUUUUAGAAAUAACUUCUGGUCCUGCUAAUGCAGUUCUAGCCUUAAGUGUAACAUCUUCAGGUAAUCCAUCAGAAAACAGAGCAUCUUUUGAUAAGGUGCUAUACAUUGGGCAGUUGCAAGAAAAUGUUGUUUCUCAUGAAACAAUUACUGUUUUUCACCAUGACGGGUCACCAGUAAUACUUACUGGAGAAUACGAGCAGCUGUUUGAAGCUUCAAUCACGAAUGGUGUAGUGACUGUUAGUUCUGUAUCAUCAGUGACAAUACCAGAGGACAUCGCUAGUAUUCCUCUAGAAUUGAGAGUUGGGGAAGCUAGUGCGGUGCUGAUUUUGAGCGUUACACACUCAGACCAGCCUGUACUACCAACGGUGACUUUCUCAUCACCAUCAUACACACUGCGGACUGACGUCAGUCAGACUGGAGUUAUUGGGACAGUGCACGCCACCGCUGACAACGGGGAACCCAUCACUUAUACACUUCUAUUGGAAAAUGAUCACCUUCGAGAGCGCCUCUCAAUGAAUAGCGAUGGAGAUAUAAGCCUGUCGGCUCCUGCAGCCAGUGGUGGAUAUAACUUCCAAGUUCAGGCCACCGCUAUAGUGAAUAGAGUUAGCGCUGUCGCUGAGGUCUCGCUUUGGGUGGAAGCUGUAACCGUUUGCGAUACAGAUAUCGUGCUACAUCCACUGAUAGUCAUCGAACGUUUGGAAGAGGAGCCGCAUCGUGAUUUAGUGAUUCUAAACCGACAACAGUAUGCGGACUGCGAAUUUGAGCUCACGAACCACUGGCCGAGAGAACAGAAUUGGUUGUACGUGGACGCCGAAGGCUUGCACGCCAGAGUGAUUGAUCGGGAACACGAGAGCAUAGCGUAUAUGCAUGUAUCGCAGGUUCAAGUGGAAAUUGUGUUACAUUGUGAAAACGAUUCCACGAGGCGCAAACGAUCUCUAGAUACACACGAGUAUGGAUCGAAAUCAUGGAUAUUAACUGACACUAUUCUAUACAAUUCACGAAGGAGUUUAGUCAAUUUGAUCGUAAUCGACAUCAACGAUAACGCACCAAUCUUCGUCGGUAAAGAGAGCGAGCCGAUUUACGUUGGAUACCCUACGAAUGAGCUGGAAGACACUAUCCUACCGAGAUCUCUGGUGGAGUUAAAGGCGACAGAUGCGGACAUUGGCGAGAAUGCUGAGCUUUUAUAUUGGAGUGUUGAGGAGAAUCUUGCCGUCGCCCCCACCACGGGCUUUGUGCAUGUGCGACAAUCCGCGUUACUAGAGGAUAACUCCCGAUUCACAAUCUACGCCACGGACCAAAACGGCAGAGGACUGAACGGCUCCAUUGAUAUUGUUGUUAAAUUAUUGGACGAAAAUCACAUAGCAGUCGUCACGAUAAACGAUGCGUUUUUGGACGACGAGCAGUCUAUUAUUACGGACAUAAGUACAGCUCUCGGUUAUGAUGUAAAGAUAUUGAAAGCCGCGGUUGUAUCGACCGAUACGAGUGAUAUAACAAGGAAGAAACGAGAAAUGGACAAUACGGGAGCUUCUUUACAGCUUUACGUGUAUGGAAUUGAAGAGAAUAAUGCUGUGCAUGUGGAUCAGCUGACGAGCGAUAUAAGUAACAGCGACCUGACCUCGGUCAGCAUAGCGCGAGUACUAUCACUGGAAGAUCAUCUGCUGCAGAUAUGUCCUGUCUCUCGUGACACAGCUCUGCUGGCCGCCACCAUAUCUCUGGCGGUCCUGCUCCUCCUAAUUGUUACCAUGGUAACCGUUAGAGAGGUCUUAAAAAGGAAACAAGGACAACCUAACUAUGAGCAAUUCAGUGACGUGAACAGCUUAGGAUCUAGAAAUAAUUCUGUCCCAGUCCUACCAAAAGUGGAAAGUCUUGAAAGGCCGAAGCUCAAUUUAGACGAGCUCAGAAAAAGCGAGAAGCGUCUGCAAGAUAUGCUCAACGAAGACAGACGGGAACCUGUGGAAAAGAAAGAGACGGAGCCAGCAAACGAAUCGAUUAUUGACAUGCCUGUCCCUCUCACUCCAGAGCCAGUACAACAAAAUAUGCCGAUUGUCAUCCAAUCUAUCGAUAAACUCAAAGAUGAUGAUUCUGAUGGUGAUGAGUAUGGGGAGGUACAGAAUAACAGAAGGAAGUCUGUUGUGACAUUCAAUGAAAACGUUGAGAAGAUCAUCCAUAUAGAAGACCGAUCAGCGAGUAUAUCAUCAGAUUCGACUGACUUCGAGGUGUAUAAAUUUUAAUAUUAU